AUGCCCACUCCAUGUCGGCAUCUUCAGUCCAAGGAGUCCCUCACCAAGCACACCGUGGUCAACAUGAGUAAGCGCUCCUUGUCCUCUAGCGAGGAGAAAGUUCUUGCCCUAGGCCUGAACUUUAAGCUCAUUCCCCGGUCCCUGCCCAAGGAAGAGAUCAUUCAAGCCACUGAGCCCACUCUCCGCCGCCUAGACAAGACCACCGCCGAUGAGAUCCUCGUCGACAUCAGCCAAGCCCUCCGGAAACAUAAGAACCACAAGCCAAAACCCAACAGAGAAGACCGUUCAGCCAUCAAGUCCCUCUGCCAAGACAAAUCCAUCCACAUCCUCCUUGCUGACAAGGGCAACGCCACGGUGGUCAUGGACCGGGUUGAGUAUGAUCAAAAGAUCAUGGAUAUACUCAAUUCCGGCAGCUACCGUGAACUUCGGAUAGACCCCACGGUAGCCAUCGAGAGGAAGCUGCAACAGAAACUUCUCUCCCUCCACCGCUCUGGGAACAUCACAGAACAGCUGUACCGACAGUUACGUCCAUCCAACUCCAGGUGCCCAAGAUUCUUCGGCCAGCCCAAGAUACACAAGAAGGAAACCCCACUACGCCCCAUCGUCGCUUCUAGAGGAGGGCCCACCAACAACACUGCAAGACACCUGGCCAAGAUCCUUCGCCCUCUAGUUGGCAACUCCCAGCAUCAUAUCAAGAACUCAGAUGAAUUCUUGUCCAUCAUCCAAGACCUCCGGCUGAAGCCAGGCGACAUCAUGGUCAGCUUUGAUGUCGUGUCACUCUUAACCUCCGUUCAUCCGACGCAAGCACUACCACCGCCCCAAGAUCUGGCUCCGCCUGUGGACGACACCUUCGUCAUCUGGGAGCACGGGCAAGACAACCUUCAACUCUUCUUGGACCACCUCAACGGGCUUCACAGCAACAUCCAAUUCACCAUGGAACAAGAGAGGAAUGGCAGCAUUUUGUUUCUUGACGUUGAGGUGUCCAGAAGGGAGGAUGGAAGUCUUGCCCAGAGGGUUUAUCGCAAGCCCACCCACACCGACCGAUACCUCAACAGCGCCUCCUUCCACCACCCCAAAAUCAACUCAUCGGUCAACAGAGCCCUCAUCCGCCGAGCCUACAACAUCGGCGACCAAAAGCACCUACACAAGGAAAUCCACCACAUCUCCACGGCACUCCAACGCAACGGAUACCAGCCCAAGCAGAUCAAGACUGAUCAAGACCCAAGAUCAAAUCCCCUUUCCGGCCGUGGGGUCCCCUAUACCCAAAGCCAACUAGAUAAAGCCCCUAGUUCUGUCACUCUCCCCUACCUAGGACAUACCUCCUACUACAUCCAGCGUAUCCUGAGCAAGCACAACAUCAAGGUGUUCCACACAGCUCCCCUCAAGAUCCACGGGAUGCUGGCUUCCCGUAAGGACAGGCAAGAUCCACACCGCCGACCAGGUGUAUACAAGAUCCCCUGCCAGUGUGGCAAAGUGUACAUCGGAGAGACUGGUAGGGGCCUCCCUACCAGGAUCAAAGAGCACAAAGCCCAUGGCAGGAAGGGAGACUAUGAGAAGUCAGUCAUCAUCAAGCAUUCCCACGCCGAAGACCACACCAUCACUGGGAAGAAGCCCAACUCAUCGCUAGCAUCGAACAAUGGUACCCAAGACGAAUUAGAGAAAUGGGUCUCCUAUACCAGGCAACCUUCCCCCGCCACAGCCCAUCACCAACUGACAUGCAUCAGUACCCAGGUGGAUCCACCAGCUGCAUACUCGUUCCACCUGACUACACAGUAG